GAGAAGGAGGAAAGGAGGAGAGAGGAAGGAGAGGAUGAGAGAGGGCUGAGUGAAGGAGAGAGGGAGGAGAGGAGAGAGGACGGAGAGGAGGAGAGAGGGAGCAAGAGAAAACAGGAGGAGAGAGGGGUGAUGGAGGGAGAGGAAAGAGGGAACAAGAGAAAACAGGAGGAGAGAGGGGUGAGAGAGAGAUGGAGAAAGAGAGGUAAUGAAACAGGAGAGGAAGAGGGAGAGCUGAGUGAAAGUGAGGGGGAGGAGAGAGGGAAGAAGGGAGCAGAUGGGGAGAAAAGGCUGAGCGAGGGAGAGGGGAGUGGGUGUGACAGGGGAGAGGAGAAGAGAGGGAGAAGAAGUGGAGAGGAGGAUGGAGGGCUGAGUGAGGGGGAGGAGAAAGGAAAGUAUCCAAGAAGAGAGAGAGAGAGUGAAAUAAGAGAGGAGGAUACAAAAACAGAGGAGACAGGAGACCACGACAUUGAAGGAGAGGAGGACAGAGAGGAUGAGAGUAUUAAAGUAGGAGAGGAGGAGAGAUGGAGCGAGGGAGAAGAGGACAGAGGAUCUACAGUCCUGCUGGAUUUUGGGUUUAGGCUGAAGACUGAGCCAGAACACACAUAUAUGACUGAGAGAACAGCGCCCCCUGUGGACCAGAUGUCUCCUCGCUGUCCCAUGCCCCCGCCCCAUAACGCUCCACGGUGUCCACGCUGCAGUGACACCUUCCCCUCAGGCUCUGCCCUCCUCCUCCACCUGCAGCAGCCGAAGAAGUCGCACGGCUGUGACUUUUGCUGUAAGUCCUUCGCCCAGUCCGCAGAUCUACGACGCCACCUCAGGACGCACACAGGAGAGCGCCCACACCGCUGUGGCUUCUGCGCUCGCGGCUUCAGCCAGAGAGGAAACCUGCGGCGCCACCUCCGCAUCCACACUGGAGAAAGACCCUAUGUCUGCGCUGUGUGCGGCCGCCGCUUCAGUGACGGAGACACGCUCAAGAAGCACCAGCGCACGCACAACUGAACCAGGACCAGGACUAAACUAGGACUGAACCAGGAUCAGGACUAAACCAGGACCAGAACCAGGACUGAACCGUGACUGAGCCAGGAGUGAACCAGGACGAACCGGGACUGAAUCAGAAGCAGUACUGAACCAGGAGUGACCAGGACCAGGAAUGA